CAGACAUACACAACUGAAUCUGGUUUCUUCGAAUCAAGCCUUUUCAAAAACUCGUGCUCAUCAAUUGAGGCUUCUUUUCCUCUCUGCACUCUCUCUUCAGUUUCUCUAUGCAGGAGACAUUGGAGCUCUGUGUGAAUGGCCAAUCCAGUGGAUAAACUUUUCGAUGAGCUGUACACAGUCUUUAAAGACCUCAUCAAGAAGAAUAUUGAAUUUAAAGGGCAACUUGAAGGCAUCGAAGCCAAGCUAGAAGCUCUAAAGCCGGUGAUCCCAGACAUGGUGCAGAGUAAUGAGGUAUUAGAUCGUUCAAGGAAGGAACUAAAAGGCUUAACAGGAGUUAUGGAGUCUGGCAUUAAGCUCAUUGGCAAGUGCUCAAAAGUUCGGGAGUGGAAGGUCUUCAAGAAGUACAAAUACGCCAACAAACUUAUUGAAUGGGAGAAAAGUCUAGAAAGUGAGUUAGUUAUACUGAACGUGCUGACCGGCAGGGAUGUGAAGGACAUUGCAAGAGAUGUGAAGGACAUUGCAAGAGAUGUGAAGGACAUUGCAAGAGAGGAGAAGGAGAAUGCAGGGGUUGCAAAGGAGACUGCAGAUAGGUUGAAGAUUAUAGAGGAGAAAUUGGACCGUAUUGUGAUACAAAAUCAACCUGGGAAACCUAAAGCCUGGAUGAGUACUGUAGUACCUGAACUUCCACGUUUUACAGUGGGAUUGGACAAGCAUUUGAAGGAAUUAAAGAUGAAGCUUCUUAAGGACGGGGGGUCAAUGCUUGUAAUAACAGCUCCUGGAGGGUCUGGCAAAACCACUUUGGCUAAAAUGUUUUAUCAUGAUCAUGAAGUCAAAGAUAAAUUCACCAAGAACAUCUUUGUUACUGUUUCAACAAAGUCCAACUAUAUUGUUGUCCAAGAACUAUGUCAGAAGUUGGGAUCCCAGGAAUCUACAUUCCCUAAUGAAGAUGGUGCAUUCAGCUGGCUGAAAGAAUUUCUGAAGGAAACCUCACAAAUUCCUUUGUUUCUUAUCCUGGAUGAUGUUUGGACUGAAUCAGAAUCCCUUCUUGAGAAGUUUAAUGAACUGAGUAUACAAUCAAAUUUCAGUAUCUUGGUGACAUCAAGAUCUUCAUUUCCAAGUUUUGGUUCUCAAUAUCCUUUAAAUGCAUUGAAUCACAAAGAUGCGAUGACUCUUUUUCGGCAUUCAGCAAUCCGGGGAGAUAAGGGAUAUAAUGUUCCAGAAAAUCUUCAGGACAAGAUAGUUAGGCGCUGUAAGGGAUGUCCACUUGCCAUCAAAGUGGUCGGAAAAUCUCUUUGUGGAAAAUUUACAGAAUCAUGGCUCAAAAAAUUAAGAGAAUGGUCCAAAGGUGCUUCUAUUUUUGAUACCGAGACUGAAGUGUUUCUUUGCCUCAAAAGUAGCUUAGACGCCUUGGAUGAAAAAGAUCAAACUAUCAAGGAAUGCUUUUUGGACCUGGGUGCAUUUCCUGAAGAUCAAAGAAUCCCAGCUGUUGCUCUGAUUGAUAUGUGGGCAGAGUUAUACGGCCUAGAUGAAGAUUUUCUUUCCAUUCAAUACCUCCAGGAGCUUUGCAGCCGAAGCCUGGCUAAUCUUGUAGUCACAAGGAAGGAAAAGAUGGAGGCGGAUGGAUACUACAGUGAACACUUUGUCUCCCAGCAUGAUGUGCUCAGGGAUCUAGCUAUCUUCCAAGCGAAAUUAGAUCCAAAUAAAACGAGACUGAUUUUACACAAAUGUGGAGACAAAGUACCCAAGAAGUUGACAGAACAGAAGCAUCAAUCCUUUCAGACUCGCAUAUUAUCCAUCUCCUCUGAUGGAGUCUUCUCAACAGAUAUGCACAAGAUUCAACUUUCAGAUGUUGAGGUUCUAGUUUUGAAUUUUCAGUCAGAGAACCAUGCUUUUCCCAAAUUUGUGGAGGACAUGAAAAACUUGAAGGUCCUAAUAGUCACAAAUAAUGGUUCCUUGCCAGCUGAAUUGAGUAACUUUGAACUACUGAAAUCCUUGCCAAAUCUGAAGAGAAUCAGACUGGAGCGAAUUUCAAUUCCUUCCAUAACCAAGAAUUGCAUACAGUUGAAGAGUGUAAAGAAGAUCUCUUUAUUCAUGUGUAGCAUCGGUCAAGCUUUCAGCAACUCUUCCUUCCAAAUUUCAUAUGCAUUUCCAAAUAUAGAGGAAUUGAACAUUGAUUAUUGCAGUGAUUUGGUGGAAUUGCCUGGUGAUCUCAGUGAUCUGAUUGAGCUAAGGAAGCUCAGUAUCACCCACUGUCAUAAGCUAUCUACCUUGCCUGAAGAGAUAGGAAAGUUGAUUAAAUUGGUAGUGUUGAGGCUAAAGUCUUGUACGGACUUGGUAACAUUUCCAGCCUCAAUUAAGAACCUCAAAAUGUUGCAGUUUCUCGACAUAUCUGAUUGCUUCAGCGUCAAGGAGUUGCCUGACGACAUUGGUGAAAUCAGCACUUUAGAAAAGAUCAAUAUGAGACAUUGCUCUAGGCUGAAAGAUCUACCUCCAUCAGUUUCUGAUCUCGAGCAACUAAAUGAAGUGAUAUGUGAUGAGGACACAAAAGAGUUAUGGGAGAUUUUCGGGCUCAAAAUAGACAUAAGGGUCCUCAAAGACGAAUUCGACCUAGAUUGGCUCUCAAAGUUCCAAUCUUGAAAGAUGCCUUUGUUAAAUAAAUGUUGGAGCAAUGCCUGUGUGAUUGUAUGUUUCAAUUUCAUUUCCUAAGUUUCUUCUCCUUUACAGAUUUUGGUUUUGGUUGUAAGUUGUAACAGCAUGCCAUUGUAUGGCAAAAAUAAUGUUUACAUUGCGGUUGUGUGUUUCAUGAGAGUGAUCAAAUUUCUGAA